AUGAAGAGGUUUUUAAUUGCUAAACCCUCCACAUCAAAAACAAGAGAAAACACAGAAAAUGUAGAAGAGGUGACUCCUGAUGUGGCACCUCUUCAUGAGGUACCUCCUGAUGAGGCUCCUCCUGAUGAGGCUCCUCCUGAUAAAGCUUCUCCUGAUGAGGCACCGCCGCGAAAAAAAACCAAGCAAAUUUAUAAUUUUAACGAAAAAUGGCUUGAAGACACUUCUUUCAAAAAUUGGAUCUCGAAACGGGAGCAAAAAGCUGGCUCAGUUUCUGCAUUUUGUAAAAUUUGUCAUUCUUACAUACUCAACCAUAGGCCUGCUCUCGUAAAACAUUUGAAUACCACUAAACAUAAACAACAUGCUGCCGCUAUCAGCAAAACAACAUCCAUACAAGAAGUGCUUAGACCAAAAAAGGAAGAAGAGCUCAAGAAAAGAGCUGAACUCAAACUAUGUGCUUUUCUCGCUGAGCAUAAUUUACCUUUAUUGUUGUCCGAUCAUUUAAUUCCGUUCCUAGCUACAACAUUUCCUGAUUCAUCUAUAAUAAAAUCUGUUAAGUUAGGAAGAACGAAAGCAGGAAAUAUGGUCAAAACAGUACUUGCCCCAAUACUGACAGACGAACUUGUAUCAAAACUCAAAAGAACAACAUUCAGUAUAAUAAUGGACGAAACCACAGACAUAAGUGUCAAAAAACAAUGCGCACUUGCGGUUAUAUUUUUUGAUGUGGAUGAAUUAGUCGUUCACACUCAGUUCCUAGACAUGUAUGAAGUUAACUCGGGAAAAGGGAAAGAUCUAACGGAUGCUCUGUUAAAUUGGCUUAAUAAUAAAAAAAUCCCAAUAAAAAACUUCGUAGGCUUUGCGUCUGAUACCACAAACAGUAUGGUGGGAGAACACAAUUCAGUGUUUAGUCAUUUGAAGGAACGCGUACCACACAUUGCAUGUGUGAAGUGCAGCUGCCACAUGAUACAUCUCGUGGCUUCCAAGGCAUGUCUCAAGCUACCAAGAUUCGUUGAAGACUUUCUUAGAAAUGUCGGUGCGCACUUUAACCGCAGCACACUGCGACAAGAAAAACUAAAAGAGUUGCAGUUAUUUUUCAAUGUGGAAGUCCAUAAAAUAUUGAGCCCAUCGGUCACAAGAUGGUUAUCAUUAGAGGCUUGUGUAAACAGGGUACUCGAACAGUACGAUAUUCUGUCCGAAUAUUUUAGACUUGAAUUGUUAGAAGACCCUAGCAAAAUCACGGAAGAUAUAAUUGGGGUACUCGACAAUAAAUUAACAAAAAUUUACUUAGAGUUUAUGUCAUUUACAUUGGAACAAUUUAAUGACUUUAACAGAUUGUUUCAAACAGAAAAACCAUUGCUGCACCGACUAAAACCAGAGACAGAUAAACUUAUAAAAACCAUAGCUAGCAAUUACAUGAUCUUCAAUUAUUGCAAAACAACCGAUGCAUAUAAAAUAGAAUAUGCCAACCCAAGAUUUUUUGUGCCCCUUGAUAAAAUAUAUUUAGGUAUAGCUGCACAGUCGUCCAUUGAUGAACUUUCAAAAGAAAUACCAGAACCAAAAACGGUAAUAACGGAUUUCAAGAAAACUUGUCUCAAUUUUUAUAUCGAAACCAUAAAACAGAUAGUACAACGUUUCCAUUUUUCUGACCCGUUAUACGGUAUUUUAGAUGUGAUAGAACCAAGCAUUGCUCAAAAAUAUGAAGUAAAGGAUUUGUCAAAUGUUUUGAAGAGAUUCCCAAGUGUUAAAGAGCAAAUAAAUGAAAUAGAGCUUCAAAAAGAAUGGAAAAAACAUGCUUUCCUGGACCACAACGAUUUAGGUUUGAGUCAAAAUCUGGAAGUGGAAGAAUAUUGGAAACAAAUUUUAAAGCUAAAGAAUAUAGCCGGUACUGAAAUGUUCCCAAAUUUAAAAAAGAUUGUAGGGCUCUUGCUUGUUUUGCCUUUUUCCAAUGCUAGCGUGGAAAGAAUUUUCAGCCAGCUUAAAUUAAUUAAAUGCGAAAACCGGAAUAGAUUGAGCACUGAAACUAUUUCUUCUUUAAUGGCAACAAAAGCCAAUAUACAAAACGCCAUAGAAUUUGAGCCUUCUGCAAGAAUGAUGCAUGCAAAAGUAGCAUACAGCAAUACUGGUGAAGGUAUUAACUGUUAUUUAACUAAUUUACACAAUAUUUAA